AUGAACACGUUAAAAUUGUCCACCGGAACGGAAGUCGCCCCGCAGGUCGGAACAUCGUAUAUUACCUCCAGUCCGUCAACUCUGACUUGGACUACCGACGAGGAAAAUGUCGUGUUAUUGGCUGAUGUAUGUCAAGCCAUCGAUGAUAUGGAGGGAUUCGACAACGUAAGAUUUUUUUAUUAUGGCCCACCGCAUAGGAAUUAGCGAGGGAAAUAGUUUUAAUUUGGGUUUUUUCUUUCCGUUCCCUGUAGGUAAGAAACGUGCACUCAAAAAAAAAUACCGCUGCUAGAGUAAAGAAAGCAAGGAUGGACUUAGUGAACACGCUCGGCUUCACUGAAAUCGACGCGUCUUUCUCCUGUAAAAUCGUGUGGUCCUAUGCCAAAAAUCUCGAUAGCGUUCCGAAUUACAAACAUUUUCUAAAGUCGCUUAAACCUUCUCUAAUACAACUUCUAAAAUCAAUCGUUUAAAAUAACCCUGUCAAAUUCAAUCUGAAACUCAAAGCGACAAACUACAGCAGACCGCAAGAAGCAAAUUCAACUGUGAAUAGAGCGUUCAAGACCUCAGCCAGGCCAAUUUUUAUAGAUACAGAGGUAGAAGAAAUUGUUGAUGAGAAAUUCGCAAAAUUAUUACCUGAAGAAGACGUAUACCAUGGACGUAGAAGUGGAUUCUCCCUUAAACACAUCGACGGUCUUUUAUUAAUAAAUAAAUAA